ACUACAGUUAAAGUUAAUAAAAAAGUAGUUUAAAAUUGUUUGAUUCAUGAAAUUUCUUUUCGUGCAAGUAACAGCUGUAAAGGCGUGUCCGUCUUCACAAAAAUAAAAAAAAGUAUUCCUUUAAUAUUCUCUUUCAGUUUUGCUUUUAUAAUUCUAAAAUAAAAUAUCCAUCCGGGUGAUUUGUGGUGCAUUAACUAUUUCAAUUAAUGUAAAUCUUACUCUCGUGAAGCUAUGGUGUAAGGUAUCUUUUUUAAAAAAAAAACUGGCACACUGCAGUAUAAGAUUUUUAUCAAAAACAUCAGGGAUGAAUUCCUCAAACAUAACCACCAGCAAUUUGAAAUUAUGGCUUUCAUGUGUUUAAAUUGAAUUCAUUUCUACAAAUCUCAGAGACCUUUUUAUCCUUGUCCACCUUCAUGUUUGAUAUGUAUCAUAGUUUAUACCCAGCAUCAUGGUUCAUCACCAACCAGUCCCAAAAGACACCACUCAUUUUUGCAUAUGGAGAUCUUCCCUUAAUAUCACUUGAUCACGUAACAGCAUUAUUGCCUUCUUUCCACCAGCAGCCUAUCUUUGCAACCUCUCAAAUUGCUGUUGACAUUCCCAACAACAUGAAAAGGAUUCCUGUUAAUAUGCUGAUGCAGAGUAUGGAAUCUGUGAAUAAUAAUUGCAUGCCUUUUCUCAGGAGACGAAACUUAACCCAGCAGUCUUUACCUAGGCAAAUUUCCCAGGACAGUUUGAUGGAAUCUGCUUGUGGUGACAGUGGCAUGUCAAGUUCACGUUCAUCGACUCCGUCAUCUGUGGAAACUACUGGAAGUAGCGAAAUAAAAAGACAGCCUGUGAUUCACACGCCUAGUUCAACAAACAUGUAUCGUCCCCGGAGAAAAUUUGAGCAUGGACAUAAUUCUCAGAGACAGAAUAUGCAUCAAGGAUAUCAAAACAAUCCAAAACCUUUUCCUUCCAAUCAGAAAGUUUUUAAUGCAGGAUUACCUCAACGAAAAAUUCCCCGUGAUCUAAAAGAUGAGUGGUUUGAUGUGUCUCUUGAGAUUUGGAACCAUUAUAUAAAAACAAGGCAAAGAGAAGAUAUGUAUGUAAAAAAAAUGAAUCUUCGGAAUGCAAUGCAUCAGGUACUGAGCAGACUUUUUCCAAAUUGUGGGUUAAGGGUAGUUGGCUCAUCUGUUAAUGGUCUUGGUACAAAUACCAGUGAUGUUGACAUGUGUUUAAUACUUUCUACCACAGAGAUUGAUCAACAAACGGAAGCCAUGCAUAUUUUAAAAUAUGCUCAAAAUGAGCUACUGGCAUGCCCCUUUGUAAAAAGUACUGAUCUGAUUACAGCUAAAGUUCCCAUUCUGAAAGUUGUGGAAAAAUAUAACAAUAUUCAAGUGGAUUUAAACAUCAACAACACAGUGGGUAUUGCUAACACACAACUUAUUGGGGCAUAUAGUCAAAUGGACUGGAGGAUACCUCCAUUAGUUCUUGUGAUCAAGAAAUGGGCUCAAGAUUGUAAGAUAAAUAAUGCCAAGGAAAUGACUCUAUCUAGUUACUCUCUAGUCCUAAUGAUUAUUCAUUACUUACAAUGUGGCUGUGAACCUCCUGUACUUCCAUGCUUACAGAAAUUGAACUCGCGGAGAUUUGAAACUACUGAUUAUUGGCGACCAAUUUCUUUCGGAGACUGUCUUAACUUUCAAACAAAGAACACACAGUCCCUUGGAAGUCUAUUGUAUGGUUUCUUCGAUUACUACACUGAAAAAUUUGAUUUUUCAAAAGAUGUCAUGUCUGUUCGCUUGGGAUGCAAACUACCUAAAGCAGUUGCCAUGAAUUUUAGAUCAUUAAAAAAUAAAAGAGGCCAUUGGAAAUUUAUCUGUAUUGAAGAACCUUUCAAUCGUACAAACACAGCAUGUGCAGUUUAUGAUCAAGAUUCAUUUAACAGGAUUAUGAAUGCAUUCAAAAGUACAUGGCUUCAGCUAAAAGCUAAGAAAGAUUUAGCUUGUGUUCUGGUGUCAUAAGAAUUUGAGAAAGUUGAGGUUUUUAAGUUACCUCUGAUGUGUUCUUUUUUCUAGAAGUUAAUCAAGUGCUUUUACAUUUCCAAGUUUUGUUUCCCUGAUUCCUAUGGAUUGUCCAAUGUUGAAAGACUUAAGGAACUCAUAUUUGUAUAUUUUGUAAAUGCAGAGAUGAAGACAUGUAAAUACAUAACUUAAAUAAUUUAUUUUGUUCUAAAGAAUUAAUAUAUUACCAUAUUUGUGAAUGUUUCUUACAUCAAAUGUAGUUUUAUUUUAUUUAAUUGCUCAGAUCAAGAUUUUAUUUCUCAACUAUCUAGCCAUAAUCUCCAAAGAAAAUGUUAUAACUGAUUGUAGUUUUUGUCUUGUGAAGUUACAUCUUGUAUAUAAUAUAAUGAAAUGAUACUUUAUACUGUUUGUAUAUUUUAUUGUAAGUAGAAUUUAGCAAUAAAGAAAUUAUUUAAUAAAUGACAGUUAAAUAAUUAAUAUUUCAGAUUUAUCUAUUAUAUUCCAUAAAAUCUAAAAAAAAUGAUACUACAUUGUGGUAUGUAGAUUAAAACAAAAAACAAGGUGAAUUAAACACUUUAAUUUGUGCUUUAUUCAUGUUGUUUUUUACUUUAUUCCAGAAAAUAUUUUUAUGAUUUUAAAUUAAGUUACUGUUAAAACUCUUCUAACAGGCAAAGAGGUGAAUGUACAAAUUUGUCUUGUCAGAAUACAUUUUGUUUAAGUAAGAAAUUUAUAGUAUAUUUUGUGUUUUAAACAUAAUGUUCAUUUUAAAGUUUAGUUUUGAAUGCUGUUUUAAUCCAUUAUUAAACAUCUAAUUCCCUUAGUUAAUUUUUUAAAAAAAAUUUUAAGUUGUGAUAUAUCUGGAGAAUUCUAUGCUUUUCAUAAAGUUUACUAAUGUGGCAUCCAAAUGUGUUAUUUGAAUUCGUAUCAAAAUAUGCAUUCUUUUCUUUUGUUUAAAAUAUAUUUUAACUACUUUUUAGUAAAAUCAAAUUUUUUGUAAAAACUUCAAACUGUGUAUUAGUGAUAGGUGAUAUCAUAAUAUUAACCCCUUAAUGGUCACAUAAUUUUGAGGAAAAUGGUCACCAAAGUGCCUAUUUCUUUAUUUAAGAAAAUUAUAUGAAACUAAUACAAUAAAUGUGUAUCUUUUUUAAUUUUGGGGUUAAUUUUUAUUGCGGACAUCAAGUUUAAAAUGAACUAUCUCUAAAUCACAUUGCAAAUAGUCUGGUUUUUCGAUUCAAAAAUAAACAAGAUUCUAUGUGUGAGAAAUAGAUUGUUUUAAUCUUUUUGGCAUGUUACUUUUGAACACUCCAGCCCAGAAAUGUCACUGGUUCAAGAAAUAAAGGGCAAAGCUUCACCCCCUCAUUUUGACUGGAGUUAGAAAAAAGGGGAUGUGUUAUUUAAUGACAUAUAUUUUUCCAUUUUACUAAUUUAGAAUAUUUUAUGUUGCAAAAUAUUUUCUUUACCCCAAUUGAAAAGAGAUUCAAAAAUAAGUCAUGAUAUUCACGAUAGGUCAUUGGAAUACUUAAAAACUCAACUUUUGCAAUACUAUUAAGAAAGUUACAUUACCUAAGGAUAUACAUUAUUUACUACCUGUAAAAACCCUUACAACUCACUGAGGCGAUCUGGUAAUUUUAUAUUUUGAUUUGUGUCUUUUUUUCUUUUUUUUUUUUUGACUUGUUGCUAUUAAAUCCUACAUUCAAUAGAAUUACGAUUUGAUCGCUCUAUCUAGCAUUAUAAUUUUUAACAUAAUCACUUCUAAAAUGGCAUGCUUUCACCUCUGAAACUAACCAACUUCAUA